AUGGCUCCCCGCAAAUGGACUAGCCCCGAGCAAGAAGAAUGGUUGAAGCCAUGGUACGACAGUUAUAAGGAAAGACUCUCGCAAAAAAACAAAAAUCACCAAAAAAAUUUCGCUGACCUCUAUGAGCAAUGGUUUGAGUCAUGGGAAGAGCCUAGGCCAGAAGGACUUCCUACCACCGGUCCACUGAAUGAAAACGACUGUAAAGUGAUGGACAAGGCUAAAGAUGCACGUAAAGAUAAGCUCUACAAUCGCUUCCGAAAUUGCUUUGGCAGCACCAAGGCCGGUCGCCAAGCUAAAUCAGAUGCUACUGACGUGUUCAACGCUGUUCUGAAGAGCGUCGUGCAGUCUGGUUCCAAACCCACUCGCAAUCUCCAAGAAACCGAAGCUUAUUCGAAGCUAUACUACACAUCUCGUAUCAAGUCAGCUGUCAAGGAAGCGCUUGAAAAUGUGACGGAGCCACUCACAAAUGGGCAACGGAUAGCACUGGUGAAGAAGGAGACGGCUGCACUUUAUGAGAUGGAGUCUGGAGCUGUGAAAGAUGAGGUGAGAAAGUAUAUGGAUGAUAAGAAGACAGAAAAGGAUAAGAACAAGGACGAGGAAAUGAGUUGGAGUAAAGAGGAUCAUGAAAGGAACCUAACAAGAUUGGCGGCGAUAGUGAACAAAUUCCUGAAGGGCUUGCAAGACGCAACAGGUCUUUCAUUUACUGUUCUUGCCGGUGGACCCUCGCCUGAAUUGAAUGGGCUUAUCGAUGUAUGGAGUUUCCACAUCGGUCGGACAAAGCUUGGCAAUGACUUCAGCACUGCCUACCCACUUUUUGAUGAUGGAGUGAUGGUACCUUUCCGUGAUCACCUCUACCGAGUCUAUCUUCAAGAACACUCACCUCCCGAACUAGCUGAAGCAGCUGUGCUGAUGCAGUCCGUCAAAAAUGGAUCUCCGAAUUUCGGAAGUAUUGCAGACCAUGACACAUCCCACGUACCUUCAUCGCUUCUCUCAUCUUCUUUGCACCCUGCAUGGCCGAGCCCAAUGCCUUCCGCUGACGAUGCACCUCCCCAGGUUGAAACCUCUCAAGCGUAUUUCAGCAAUGGUGUGUCUGACGAACCCAGCUUUUGGGAGUUUGACAAGACAAUUGCACAAAGUGCCCCAUCAAUGUCAAUGGGCAUGUUUUCCAAUCCCCCACCGAAUGUCCCUUCAGAUUGGGAAGCACCUGCUUUUCCCUCAUGGACAUCGCAAGCGCGGGUCAGUUUGUCUCCUGAUUCUAUCGGACUCACCCUGCCCGACAAUUUUCUUAGUUCUGCAGGAAUGGAACACGACUACGCAGUGCUCCCCUCCAUCAAUACUUCACAUGGGCAAGAACAGCUCCCCUCUAUCGAUACGCAUGAGCAAAUACUCCCCUCCAUCAACGGUCCACAUGGGCAAGAACUCCCCUCCAUCAAUGGUCCUGGGCCACAUGGGCAGGUACUCCCCUCCAUUGACGGUCCACCUGGGCAAGUAGAACUCCCCUCCAUCGACACUUCACAUGGACAUGUUGCUCAUGUGGAGAACGAAUCAUGCCUUCGUCGCACUGGUCGAGUGCACAGACCCUCCACUCGCAACAUGGUGGCUAACGCCAUUGGUGGUAACCAUGACGAACAUGCUCAUUCUGCAAAGUGCGGCCGCGAUGAAGGUAAUAGUACCCGGAAAGCAAAGUAUGUUGCCAGCAGCAUGAUCUCCAGUGUUCAAAACUAA